GAAGCUAUACAAGCCAUGGUGACAACAUAUCAGCAAAUAGCUGAUAUUAAGUCACAACGUGAUUCGAAUAUGAGAACUGAAGUUUUCAACCCCAUUAAAGACACAACACUGAAGGAACUAGGCAACAUUCAGAAGUUGCGAAAGUCAGUUGCAGAUGCUCAGAAUGAAUUGAAUGCGGCUGAAAAGAACAGAGAGAAAGAUGGCAAUCCUCAAGCGACUGCUCGGCGCGAUCUAGCCUUCAGAUCCCACUCCGAGGCGAUGGAGCGACUCAAGAGAGCCCUUAUCGACUUUCGGCAAGAUGAGCCCAAGAGGAUAACAUUUCUGCAGGCAUCGGCUGAGGCUCAACUGGAAUAUCACAAAUCGGCAGUGGAGGCCUUCACCAACUUGGUUUCAGAAUUGAAAACAAUUCGCCUAAUCGUUCAUUUUAUUUGCCGCACCUACAGUCGGGGCAACUCUGCAGACAGCUUGCCCGGGAUGGCCUUCGAUACCAACAUCAAUGGUGACGGCGGGUACUACGAUAAGCCACAGACUGACUUUGGUUACGUCGCUACUGUAGGAAGAUCAACUCCGCCGACCGAGUGUAAGUAUCUUUUGGGUCCUUUCCUUGUUUGUGCCGCACUACAUUCAUCUGGUGUAUACCGAUUCAAGAUUGGCAGGACUGACUCCAACCUUCGCUGUGGUGUCCAUGAAGUGGAUGAUCAGUGGUACUACGGCGAGAAAGACGGGCGACGUGGACACUUCCCAGUAGAGUUUGUGCAGGUGUUACAAGAUAACACCUCAUGA